AAUGGCAGGGUCGGCGGCGUGAAUGCCUGUACUGGUCAGCGGUGACUGGUCAGUGAGGGGGUGGGGGUGCCGGUAGAGAACGUUUCAAGCCACUGGACUGUCUGGAGCGGUCCUGGCCAAUGUUCUGCCCCCUAGACCACAAGCUCCCAAUCAUGGUAGGAACAGUAGGCAUUCACCCGUGCACCGUGGAGGAGAGGGGGGAAGCUGGCAUGUAAGUGCUAAAGGCUAGCUUUACAAUUGCUGCUGGCAAGUGACAAUGUUGGGCGGGCUAUCCAUGCGGGACGAUGAAGUUAGGUUCAAGCAAAUCGCAGGGACACUGCGGAUAAAGCUGGUCUGCGGUAAGGAAAAGAUUUAAUGGGAAAUGCUCGGCAUUCUUCUUCAAAUGGCAACAGCGACGCCAGCGUCAGGUUUGAACAGCAGCCGAGCCGGGAUGUUCCUGAUCGCUUUUGGACUUUUGCUCCAGCUCUUUUUCUGCUAUGCGUUGGCUGACUCUACCUUCUUGGACAAAGCUUUCUCAUUGCAAGCAGCAUUGGCACCAGUGGAACACAAGAAAAGAAGCAUUAACAAAUGCUGCCUUCUGACCCCUCCACCACCUCCAAUGUUUCCACCACCUGCCUUCAUGGAAAAUAAAAGUCUACAAGAAGAUAAUUUGCAAAACUUACCCCUGGAAAUAAAGCCAACCGAACCUUCAUGUAAAGUAACAGGUAUAAUUGGUCCUCCUGGGCCUUCAGGUCCCCAGGGUCCACAAGGAAUUCAAGGGAUUAUGGGACCAAUAGGUGAGAAUGGAGAAAUCGGAAGGCCAGGAAGAAAAGGCAGUGCGGGUUUACCGAGCCCUCAUGGAAUGCCAGGGCCAGCUGGCUCUCCAGGACCAAUGGGGCCCAAGGGUGAAAUGGGUGAUAUUGGAUUAAGAGGAUUGCCAGGUACAAGAGGACCAAUGGGCCCCAAGGGCAUGACUGGAAAAAAAGGUGAAAAGGGUAUAAUGGGUGAAAUUGGACAUCAAGGAAUCAAAGGAGAAAUGGGUGUUGUCGGUCUUCCAGGGAUGUUGGGACAGAAAGGCGAAAUGGGUCCAAAGGGAGUACUUGGAGCCCCUGGACACAGAGGACCUGUUGGUAGACCUGGAAAGAGAGGAAAAACUGGACUUAAAGGGGACAUUGGUCCUGCUGGAGUUAUGGGACCUACAGGUCCACCAGGAUCAUCUGGUCUUCCUGGCCCUCCUGGGACAUCUGGAUCAGGCCGCUUAAUGGUUGGACCAAAGGGUGAAAGAGGACUCUCAGGGCCAGUUGGUAGAUGUUACUGCAAUCUUCCUCAAACAGUAGGCAACCCAUCCUAUAAUGAACUCCCAUCUUUGAUCAACCCUCUGCAAGUUCCAGCAAUAUUUGUUGUGGACAGUGAAGAAGAGCUGGAGAAACUAAACACUGAAAAUGCGCUGGCCUUCCGAAGAGAUCAAAAGUCAUUGUACUUCAGGGACACAGUGGCAUGGCUGCCAAUUCAGAUGACCCCGAUCCAACGAAUGCCUCAGCAUCCAGUCGGACUCUGUGGAGAUGGAAUAGUUCAAGUGGAAAAUGGAGAAGAAUGUGAUGAUGGCAACAAGAUAGUCACUGAUAGCUGUAUAUAUUGUAAGCAAGCCGUUUGUGGAGAUGGAUAUUUGCAGAGGGGACUUGAAGAAUGCGAUGGGAAUGAUUUUGGUUACCAAACAUGCAAAAGCUACCUUCCUGGGUCUUAUGGAGAAUUGAAGUGCACUUUCUAUUGUUACAUUGACUCUACGAGCUGUCGCUAUUUCACAUGAAUCAAAGAGCUGGCUGCUAGAAUACAUCUCACUGCAAUACAGUAUGUUCACCUGGUGCUUCACAGAACCAACAGGAUUGGGAUGCGCAAACUCAACUUCUGUUCCGUUCACCCAUAUCCAGCAGCUGAAAGGCUGUUAGAUAGUCAAAUUUAUUUCAAGUGAUUAUCUGGAUGAGAAUUAGGACCAUCGCAUUUAGUCUUAAAAUAUAACCAACACCAACAACAAAGCUGCAAAAAGGAUGACGUUUGCUUUCCCCCAAGACUAUCAAAGUAUACACAUGCCUAUAUUUACUUUUUUGGAUGUCACAUCCGAAGACUGUUCAUCCAUGUUAAUUCACAACUCUCAGGCAGAAACAUAAACAAGAAGAUAUUGUUCCGCAAGAGACCGAAGUCAGUACUACCAUACCUCAACUGUGCACUGUUAAAGACUAUUGUAGUUUUAUAUCUAUGUUUACUCAAGGACAAAACCCACUGAAUCCUUGCAUUGUGGUCACAGAAAAAUACUGAAAAUGUCAAGAAUUCAGUUGCCAAACUGUGAAAUGCUAUUUACUGCAUUUGCAUGAAGAUUAUGUACAGCGGCUUCAAUUACAACAGCUUCCUUCCAUGCCUUAAAUGCUGUAGAUCGUCUACUGUCAAAUGAGGUCUGCGUCCUUAAGAGACAUGCCUCAUGCCCAAUCUUGUCUAAUGCUUCGAUGUCUCUCCUCACUAGCAACCAAAAAUGGUAGAAAUGUUCAAAAUGAAACAAAUGGUUGACAACUCACAACCGAUUCAGGACUGUGACACGUGAUACAUAUAAAAGGUUCAAAGUUUGGUUGAAUAUAGACUGGCAGACGUAAAGAAGAACAUACAACAUUUAAGUUGAACUUAAGCAAAGUAGAUGUUCAUUAGAUGUUUAUUUAUUCAUCAAAAUAUCUCAUGCCGGAGUAUAGUAUUGGCUUUCAUCUGCCUUCAUCUUGUAUUUAUAUUUUCUUACACUUUGAUGGGUUUGGGAUAUUUGAAGUUUUCAUUGCAGGUACAGGAAGAAUGAUGCACAAUCGUUUCCUUCCACCCUCCACAAGCAUUUUCAAUUAGUGACAUAUAUCAGAAAACAAAUGCCUUGCAGUCUGAGCUGGAUCCUACCCACAAAGUAAGAACACUGAUUAGAUAAAAUGCAUGAGAUGUGGAUGAAAAUAAACUGGCAAUGGACGGAUAGAAGCCACAGGAAAUGUAUAUAGUAAGAAGGACAAAUUAAAUCAAAGAAUGGUUGUUUCUUUCUUGGAAAAUAUUGUUGCAUUUCAUGUAUCGCGCAUGUCCAAGGUACUGGUGCGUAUGAUCAAUAUUAAUUAAACAAAACUUAAUUAA